UUUUCACUACGUCGCGGAAGGAUCCGAUUUUUCUCAAGCGAGGGUCGACACAUCCGCCCAGUUUUCCGAUGUUUCAUCCCCUCUUUACCUCCCCUCCUCCUCCGAGUUGAAAAUGGAGUUCGAUAAAAGCAGAUGUCCACCAACUUUUCCUGGAAAUCUCAUGUCUGUGUUUGGUUGAUUAUUCCCUGUGUAUGCACACUGAAAACAGCCAAUUUCUUUUUUUGUUUGGCUUCGGAUGCCUUUACUGCAGAAUAUUCGGACACGUUGACGGAGCCGACACUGCACAGCGCUUUUUCAAGUGUCGUCCUGGAGCUGAAGUUGGGCGAAUGGAUGCUCGACGUAAAUAACCUAACAAACGUUACAGUCUACGGCGAUUCCUGCAUUUUCUCUCAUUUUUUGAAGGAUCUAUAAACAUUCUUGCAAAGCGAGGAUCUGCUGUGUGUUUGUUGAAGGAGGAUGGUGCCGCUUGCUCAUUUGUUGUGGUCGGAUUUUACUUCCAGGGAGGAUAAAAUGAAUCAACGGCUGUCAUUCCUCCUCGCUGCUUUACUCUAGUCCCAGCCAGCAGAGCUAAGCUAGCUUUCACUCGGUGUUCUCGGGGACGCUCGGUUAUGCAUGCCCCCUCUUUGUACACCGUUCAUCCGACGUCCUUAAUAAGGUUUUAUUCGUUUUUAUGAAGGAAAAUGGUGAUUUUUGUGGUAUUUUAUCCCGCCGUCACUGCGUCGUCGAUGCUAUUGCUAAGAUUUGGAUCCUCGUGAGGAAAAAAUGAGUGAAGAUUCAACAAAUCCAAACAACGAUGACAGUUAUGCGCGUGUGAGAGCAGUGGUCAUGACUCGGGAUGACUCCAGCGGUGGGUGGCUUCCCUUGGGGGGUGGAGGACUUAGCUGUGUCACCGUCUACAAGGUCAGCCGGGCAGAGGACAACAACAGCACCCACAGCGGAGGCAGCGGAGGAAGCGGCAGCAACCUCAGCCCCUGUAGUUCCACUCCCAGUCCGAGUCCCAGUCCCACCGCUGUGGAGUUCCACAUCAGGGGCGAGAGACUCAAAGACAAACUGGUGGUGCUGGAAUGUGUUCUGCAGAGAGACCUGGUAUACAACAAGGUCAACCCCAUCUUCCACCACUGGAGAAUCAAUGACAAGAAGUUUGGACUGACGUUCCAGAGCCCCGCUGAUGCUCGCGCCUUUGACAGGGGAGUGCGCCGGGCCAUUGAGGACAUUAACAAAGUGUCUAGUCCAUUUGGUGAAGGGGACACUCCUGAGGAUGGACUACCGGUGUGCGAUGAUCCUCCCUCAAUCUGUACGCCACUCAGAGAGCCCUUCUCUCCUCUCAGCAACGUUGUGUCCGCCGAGCCAUUCAGGGGCUGCUACGUGCCCCCCCAGCCAUUCGAUGACAACCGCCGGUACCUGCCUCCCCAGUCGACUCGCCGAGUCAGCUUCCGCGUGGACGAGGAGGAGAUCGUCCGCAUCAACCCGCGGAAGGACGUCCUCAUCCGAGGCUACGAGGACUACCGCCACCCGGUCAUGAGCAGGCACGAGGCCGACCGAGAGGACAUGGACUUCCCCGCCUCGUUUCACAAACUGGACAGUAAGAAGUGCGAGUAUUUUUUCGACGGCCCCGGCAGCGACUGCCUCUCCGGACCCGGUAUGGGCAUCGGGUCGGGCCUCGGGCUGGGCCUGGGCAAGGACCCCGCCAUCAAGACUCAGCCCUCGCCCCUCGCCAAGCCGAAGGGCCGGCGGCGGCGGGAGGACGGCGAGCGCUCGCGCUGCAUUUACUGUCGAGAGAUGUUCAACCACGAGGACAACUGGCGGGGGCAGUGCCAGGACGCGCCCGACCCGAUCAAGCAGUGCAUCUACAAAGUCAGCUGCAUGCUGUGCGCCGAGAGCAUGCUGUACCACUGCAUGUCCGACUCGGAGGGGGACUUCUCGGACCCGUGCUCGUGCGACACGUCCGACGAGCAGUUCUGCCUGCGCUGGCUGGCGCUGCUGGCGCUGUCCUUCAUCGCGCCCUGCAUGUGCUGCUACCUGCCUCUGCGCGCCUGCCACCACUGCGGCGAGGCCUGCCACUGCUGCGGGGGCAAGCACAAGGCCGCGGGGUGAGCCGGACCCUCACGCCACCAACCCAACCUCCACGCACAGCGGACUCUGGGACACCCUCAAAGCUAGCUUAAAAAAGGCAGUGGAUACAAGCGGAAAUUUACUAGCCGGCAUCCUUUUUUCAUUCCUCUCUCAGAAGGGGUGAUGCGUCGUUGACCCCCAGCUCUGAGGGCUUUCGGAGAUUUCAGUUCGCGUUUGUCGCCGACGAGCAGCGGCGGAGGACAAACCACGAUGCUUUGUGGGAGCUCUGAGCAACACGUUAGGUACAGGAGCCUGAGGCUGAGACGGAGGAGACGUCACGAUCAACAGACUACCAGAUCUUACUACGCACUCACACAGACACACACACACAGCUCUUUGACAUUCACCCUCAUAAAUUGACAGUCGGGCCACAACAUGCAACUCUAUGAAGGAAAAACGAAUUUUGUACAGACGGCAACAACUUCAACCGUUUCACGUCGAGGACAAACAAAAAGAAAAACUAAGUACUUGCUGUUUGAGUGUGCUAAAAGGGAUGUGUUCUUGCUUUUUUUUUGUGGAUUUGCAGUUUGGGAAACAGUGGCCUUUCCUUCAUGGUUCAAGGAUUUGCAGACGAUGUAAUUACUAGCCAGCAAAAAAAAGUGCACUAAAUGGUAUUUAUCCCCUCAAAGUAAAGGUGACCUUCAGAGGUUCUCGUGGUGUGUCAUUCCCCCCCCCCCAAUCUUUUAGCGUAACACUUUAAAGUUUUGCAGCCACAAAUCAAACAGUCAGAGCUUCAUUCUGUCGGUACGGAUUUCCUGACCCGAGGUUAUUUAUUGAAUUUGAUUGCAUUCCAGAUUUAAGCUAUUUUUUUUUAGGGGUUUUUUUUCCCACAAUGAGAAGCGGUAAAAUGGUCCCUGAAACAGCUUUUCCGGUCUCCACCUCGGACGAGGCACACAGAACCCUACUGACCCGUCUCAUCCCAUUAGAACCUACUCCACGGACACUUCGGAGCCCUCGUAUGUACAACUGUAGAGAAUUUAUGAUUUUUAUCGUCUCACUUCAUUUUCUUCUUGCUCACGUUUGUAAUUAGUUUUAAAUUAAAAGGUUGAAAUGUUGCUCAACCAGCAAGUUUUUACGUUGGUGAACAAAGGAGCAGGAGCUCCUUGGUUUAAAUUACGAGGCACUUAAAUUUAGGAUAUUCUCCGAUUGAGAAACUAUUAGAUAUUGGAUCAAGUUUACAAGUUAAUUUAACACUCAGAUUGGACUGUGGAGGGAGGGAAGGGGAGGGAAACCCCUCGUUAAAGCACUGCUCUCCAAGCUUUGGUUGCAGCACCGGCUCCAAAUUUCUGUUUGUCCUUUGAAUCUGUUUUUUGUGUUCUGUCCUUUCCCGUAGCGUGUCAGACGUUCUCCAUUCAUGUGUCAUCUCUGAACAGGCCCUGAAUGAAUGAAUUGCAUUGCUUUUGGGAGCGCAGAGGUAUUUUUUGCGAGUGCCCGUGCAUAUCUCUUCAUAUGUACAGUUGGGUCUUAAUUGCCCCACUGACGGCUGGAUUAGGGUUCGAUUCAGAACUUAAGGCAGGUUUUGUCUGCUGGAUUAAAAGGCGGAUGAAGGAAGGGAAGCUGGAUGGACGGUGGCUCCCUGGUUCUGUCCAGCAUCUAAA